AUGACCCAAGGGUCCGAAGUCAUCCCGAAGGCUGGGUGCAGACAAAGCCGGGAAGUUCGGCGCUGCCCGGGGCAGGGGCCGGGGCCGAGCGGGGACACGGCGGGACCCGGGGGCUCCAUCAGCCCGGCAGAGCCGCGGCCGCUCCCUCGCUGGCUCCGGAGCCAGGCACAGACCUCUCCUCCUCUUCGUCCUCCCCGAGCUCUGCGAGCCGCAGCCCCGGCAGGACGCGAGGUAAGCGCGGCUCCGGCCGCGGGCACAUCCCGAGCCCCGCGCGGCUCGGCGGCUGCCAGCGAUGCGGGGCAACCUCGCGUUUUUCACACAACACACACACACACACACAAACACACACACGGCAAACAUCUCUCUCCUGCCGGUCUGUCUCUGUGCCGUGGCCCGGCUCUUCUCCUCUCCCGCUUCCCUCUCUCCCGCUCACUCUCGCUGGUUUUCUCCUCCCCCCGAAGCCGCCCCCCCUCCCCCUUUCCGCCUCCCCUCAAGUUUCUCCUUCUGAUGCUGCCGGCGCUGCUGUGGCUGCUGCUGGCCGCCCGUGCCGGCCGCGCCGCGCCGCCGCCGCCCGCACCUGCCGAGCCCGGCGCGCCGCCCGCCCGGCCCCCCGCCCCCGGGCCGCCCCGCGGGGCCGUGCGGCGCCUCGACCCGACCUACGCGGGGGGCGGCAGGGCGGGCUACGUGCUCUACGCCGGGGGACAGCGCUUCCUGCUCGACCUGGAGCGUGACGGGCCGCGCUGCCACUACCGCGGCACGGUGGACGGCAGCCCGCGCUCGCUCGCCGUCUUCAACCUCUGCGGCGGCCUCGACGGCUUCUUCGCCGUGGGCCGCUCCCGCUACACCGUGCGCCCGGCGCGCCGCGCUCCGCACGCAGAGGCCGCGGCGCGGAUCUACGGCGAGGGCCCGGCCCGCGCCCCCCACGUCUUCCGCAGGGAGAGCUUCAGCUUCGAGACGGUGCCGGCCCGCACCAGCUGCGAGACCCGAGACCCCGCCAGGCCGGCGGGAGGGGACGGGAGGCGCCGGCGGCGGCGGCGCUCCGUGUCCCGGGCCCGGCAGGUGGAGCUGCUGCUGGUGGCCGACGCCUCCAUGGUGCGCAAGUACGGGAAGGGGCUGCAGCACUACCUGCUCACGCUGGCCUCCAUCGCCUCCCGGCUCUACGCGCACGCCAGCCUGGAAAACCACGUGCGGCUGGCCGUGGUGAAGGUGGUGGCGCUCGGCGACAAGGAGAAGGGGCUGGAGGUCAACAGGAACGCCGCCACCACGCUCAAGAACUUCUGCAAGUGGCAGCACCAGCACAACCGCCUCGACGAUGACCACGAGGAGCACUACGACGCCGCCAUCCUCUUCACCCGCGAGGAUUUAUGUGGGCAUCAUUCCUGUGAUACCCUGGGAAUGGCAGACGUUGGGACCAUCUGCUCCCCCGAGCGCAGCUGCGCGGUGAUUGAAGACGACGGCCUCCACGCAGCUUUUACGGUGGCUCACGAAAUUGGGCACUUACUUGGACUUUCCCAUGAUGACUCCAAGUUCUGUGAGGAGAACUUUGGCUCCAUGGAAGACAAGCGCCUGAUGUCCUCCAUUCUGACCAGCAUUGAUGCUUCAAAACCCUGGUCCAAGUGCACUUCAGCAACUAUCACAGAAUUCUUUGAUGAUGGCCAUGGGAACUGCCUGCUGGACCAGCCCAGGAAGCACAUCGUGGGCCCCGAGGAGCUGCCGGGGCAGACGUACGACGCCAUCCGGCAGUGCAAGCUGGCGUUCGGCGCCGAGUACACGGUGUGCCCCGGCAUGGACGUGUGCUCGCGCCUCUGGUGCGCCGUGGUGCGCCAGGGACAGAUGGUCUGCCUCACCAAGAAGCUGCCCGCCGUCGAGGGAACCCCCUGUGGCAAAGGAAGGAUCUGCCUCCAAGGGAAAUGCGUGGACAAAACCAAGAAGAAAUACUACUCGGCUUCAAGCCAUGGCAACUGGGGAUCCUGGGGCCCCUGGGGACAGUGUUCCCGUACCUGUGGGGGCGGAGUUCAGUUUGCCUACCGCCACUGCAACAACCCAGCCCCCAGGAACAACGGGAGAUACUGCACAGGCAAGCGGGCCAUCUACCGCUCCUGCAACGUCACCCCCUGCCCCGCCAACGCUAAAUCCUUCCGACAAGAGCAGUGUGAAGCAAGGAAUGGCUAUCAGUCUGAUGCAAAGGGGGUCAAGACUUUUGUGGAAUGGGUCCCCAAGUAUGCUGGAGUACUGCCUGGAGACGUCUGCAAGCUCACCUGCCGAGCCAAAGGAACUGGUUAUUAUGUGGUAUUUUCUCAGAAGGUCACUGAUGGCACGGAGUGUCGACCCUACAGCAACUCGGUCUGUGUGCGAGGGAAGUGCAUCCGGACGGGCUGCGAUGGCAUCAUCGGAUCCAAGCUCCAGUAUGACAAGUGUGGGGUGUGUGGAGGAGACAACUCCAGCUGCACAAAAGUCAUGGGAACCUUCACCAAAAAGAGCAAAGGCUACACGGACGUGGUGAAGAUCCCCGAGGGGGCCACCCACAUCAAGGUGCGGCAGUUCAAGAGCAAGGACCAGAGCAGGUUCACAGCCUACCUGGCCCUGAAGAAGAAGAACGGGGAGUACCUGGUCAACGGCAAGUACAUGAUCUCCACCUCGGAAACCAUCAUCGACAUCAACGGCACCGUCAUGAACUACAGCGGCUGGAGCCACAAGGACGACUUCCUGCACGCCAUGGGCCACUCUGCCACCAAGGAGAUCCUGAUCGUGCAGAUCCUGGCCACCGACCCCACGCAGCCCGUGGACGUGCGCUACAGCUUCUUUGUGCCAAAGAAACAGGGCCAGCUGCCAAACUCUGUCCCCAGUGGCGGCGGCAAAGCGACGGCGGCGGCCGCGCAGCCCCGCUGGGUGACGGGGCCGUGGCUCUCCUGCUCUCGAACGUGCGACACGGGCUGGCACACCAGGACUGUGCAGUGCAAGGAUGGGCAUGGGAAACUGGCCAAGGGAUGUCUGCUCUCCCAGAGACCCUCAGCGUUCAAACAGUGCUUGCUGAAAAAGUGCUAACCUGUGGUGGUGAGCUGCUCUCCAGGAGGUUUGAGUGAGCCGCUGUUGGCAUACUGGUGUCAGGUCUGCCCACACAGACGGAAGCAAAGGCUUCAAAGUACUUGUGUUCAGUCUCUAAUUAUGGGCAGAAUCUGCCUGUUUGGACCAAAUGAAGAUGUGCACUGCUUUAAAUAUUAGUAGGGUGGUCUUAAUACGUCAAAGAAAGUAAGCGUUAAAGUUGUUAUAAGCCCUCUGUGUCUGCAAAAACGUAAAAUAAAAUAAUGCAAAAGAAGAAAAACUGGUGAAUGGAGGAUCCUGGGAUAUUUGAAGGUUACAGAAUCAUCUCCCCUUUUUUCACCUACCUCUACUACAGUAUGUCCUUAGGAAACGUCACAUGUCCCCAUGAUCCCACAGUAGCUUAUUUUAUACUGUUUUGUAAAUAUCUUUCAGUUGGUAUAUCACUUUAUAUCACUUCCUUCUAUUAAAGAAAUCAAAAGACAAACUACAUAAGCAAAAUGAUUGACCAAAGUAUAUCUGCAGCCCUUGUGGACUUGGUCCAUCCUUCAGAAAGGGCCACAGAUGUUUUACUGGAAAAUGAAGAGCUUGCUGCUGGUUUUAAAAAGUGAUACCUUUUGGUUUUUACAAAAGGAAAUACAUUUUCGUGAUAGGAAUUUCCUGACAGUAUAUCAUUAAUGUCCGACAAAUCCUGUAUUUCCACCCCAAAAUUCUCAGGAGGAGCCUUGCAGCAGCAGCUUGCAGAGCAGGGAAACCCCCAUUGCUCCAGCAGCAGGAACAUCAGCAGCUCCUCCUCGUGUGUGUGUCAGGCAUGCACCCAAGGAGAAGCUGGCUGCAGGAGGAGUUUGUGAACACUCUGCUUGUAAACCUGCCUGGUUCCAGCUGUGUCACAGCCUGGGCUCCUUGUCACUGAGCAAGAGCUGCUCGAGCUGCUCCUCUGCACAAAACAAAGGCAUACUGUGCUUUGUAGAAAGCUAGUUAGAGAACCCAAACUUACAGGUGAGGUAAUCAAGUGACUUCUAACUCAGAUAUUCUGAGGCUGUGUUCAGCUGCUUUCUCUGGUGUUUUCUGUAUGGCUUCUGUCUUGAAUUUAACAAUGUGUAAUGUACCUACAUCUUUUCAAGAGGCUCUCAAGGUCAAAAAAACACAGCAAGCAGUUAAUAUUUUAUCACUGUUUUGUCCAUCGUGUCUAACUCUGGUAUUCAUCUUACCAGCAAAAGUUUGUAACUAUUUGUCUUUUUUUUAAAUUGUUUUGUGUGUGUUUUGGGUUUUUUUUUUUUAAGCUAUAGAAGGCAUUCAUGUUUUGUAUAUCUACCACAUUUGGGAGGAAGAAGGGUCACUAGGAAGUCAAACCACAUCAGGAUGUGGAGGACUUGUCCAAUAUCAAUAAGACUGUUUCCACAGCAUGGGCAGUAGCUGGUAACAGUUUUCCUUGGCAGCAAUUCCUGAAUCCUGUUAUUGUCUUGUGGAAGUUCUGUGACUGAGGCUGGGCAUUUCACCUUGUGCAGGUGGAGGCCUGAGAGCAACCCUGGUAAAAUUGCUCUCUUUAGUAUCAGCAGGCUUUGAAUGAGACCCUAAGAUAACAGGUACCAAAAUAAAUGGUAAAAAGCCACUGACGAAAGUAGAACCCCAUCUUUUACUCCUUUGUUAAACCACACAGGAGAGCAGGAGACUGCAGGAGGAUUUUCAGACAAGCCUCAGCUGUAAGUCAGUGGUACUUGAGCACUGAAACACCUCAGGCUCUUCUGAAAAUCCCAGGCAUUAAAUCAGCAGGGAAAACUCACUGGAGUGUGGAGCAAGAAGGGCAGGUCUGACUCCAAGCUGACACAAACAUGUUUUUGCAACUGUGGCAUGUUUGUGUGAACUCUAAAAAAUCAUGUGAUGAUUUCAAAACAGCAUAGAGUUGCUACAUCUACAACUGUGAAAUCUGGAGAAGGAUCUGGGUUUUUACCCUGUUUUAAAUAAACAGUACCAGGGCAGGGCCUCCUCCUCUGUUAAAUGGAUUGCCAACAAAUGUUAUUAAUCAUCUUUCUAAAAUGGUGUGGCCUUCUGUUCAGGAGUAGAUCCUGUGCAAAACUGUGGAUCUUGAGGAAUACUCCCCAUUUAUUCCUGAUCCCAAUCUGAAAACUGAGAUCAAGGCUCAGAUGACUUGCAGUCCUAAAAAGUAAACUUUAUGCCUCCUCUGCCUGUUAAAAUAAGAUCGCUUUGAAAUGCCUUAUUUUUCCUUCCAAGUAAUCUAAUUUUGAUGCUUAUGUAUGUAUUACACAUGUCCUAGAACCUCUCCAAAAAGUCCAUAACAAAUAGAAACCAUCAUGAGAGGAAAAUGAUCAGGAGAUUGAAUGUGUCUCAGCAUAGACAACAUUUGUCUCUGCAUACAGCUGCUGUGUCAAGUGGUGUGUGUGUUCUGUCAUAAUAGAGACAGAAUGUGCAAGUAUUUGUGUUUGCAUCAUGUUAAUAAUUUAUAAUAUAGUCAGCAGGCUGAGUAAAGCUUUUGGAUGCUCUAGGCAUGCCAUAUGUGGAUAUAAAUUCAGAGCUUCCUUAGAUCAGGAGUAUCUUUUAAAAAUGAAAGAGUUUACUUAGAAAUAAAUACAAGAACAAACCACUGCAGUGAUUUUCACCAGUGUAGCAAUGAAGCAAGUUCACACAAGCAAAGAUGUGAGGGGGCAAUGGGGACAGACCAAGGCAGGACCCGAAAAGUGUAAGAUAAAGGAUAAGCCAACACUUGCUUUUCAGGUGUUCCUAAAUCAGAGUCCAGUUCCAAACCUUGGCUGUGGCAAGGCUGUCCCAUGUACCUGAUGGAUGAAGAAUUGGUGCAAGGUCUGUUCUCAGCUGAAUCCCGUGUCACUCACCCUGUGACAUCAUUGUUUACAUUUCUGCCCAGUGUUGCACAGCUGGAUUCAUGAAAUGCACUGAGGGGAUGGAAACCUGGAAUUCUGCUCUUGACUCAGCCAGGAACCAUCUCAGUGUUAAAUUCACUCUGACUUUGGGACACGCUUCCAGUGCCCACGGGUGAAUUUGGACCCCAGAGCAUCAGUGGGGUUUACAGCAUCUGCUUUUCAAGUAGGAUAUUCUCAUUAGGAAAAAGCCUGGCAUCUUUGGUUUGACCGAGUACAAGAAAUUAAGUUUAGCUGCCCUCCUGUGGAAACAGUUUUAUCACAAGGGGAAGAGGGAAUAAUCUUGUGGAUUAAUAACAACUGUUUAAAAAAAAAAAAAAGCAACACAGCACUGAAAAAAAUAAAAUAAUUUAUUGUUUUUACAACUGGUAUGUGAACAGAUGUAAUGAAUUUAUUUAUUCUUAUUUAACAAAAUACGAAUUGUGCAAAUUCUAUAUUUAAAAUGUUUUGCUAUCAUCUCUGGCUCUCUUUCUGGCUCUCUUUUAAUUUAUGCUUCGGGUUUGUGUUGAAAGUACGCCUUGUGAGUUUACAUAAUAUAUGGCACUGGUCAUUUUUUGUAUGAUUUUAUUUAGAAGACUUUCUGCAUGGAACAGGAGUAUAUGUGCAUACACACACGUGUAGAUGUAUAUUCUUUUUCUGCUGCCACCUUUUCCUUCGGGAAGUUGCAGUAGCUUUUUUAUUUGAUGACAACUCGUGCUCCAAGCUCCUUGGUACCUUUCAAAAAGCUCUCAACAAGCAAGUCCCAAAGGUCUGUGGACCAAAAAUGCCCUGUAGUGGCUCCUGAAGAAUUCACAAAACACAUUGGUGUCUCAAAGGCACGUGCAGUUCAUGCUGCAGGCCUCAGUGAUAGACCCCCAAAACUGAUCCAACCCCUUAAAUUGCCCCAGAAUUUCAGUAACUGGGAGUCCUCUCCAUGCGAGUGAGGUUCCUCUGCCAGCACUCCUCUCUCAUGCAGCUUCUUAUGUUUGUGACAACACUAAAGAGAAAGUUCCUGGGUGUCCCUAUAAAAUAGCUUGAUAAACAUAUGAUUUGGUUUAUGAGGACUGAACCAUUUAAAAUGCUGGUUUUUCUAUGUUAUUUCUGUUUAUAUACAUAUAUAAAUAUGUAUAUAUGGCUAUAAAAAGUCAAAAGUCCAACUUGGAAGGCUUUGCAAUGUUUUACUUCAUUGUAUUUCAGCUCUUUGCUCCACAUCAGGCAGUUAGAUAAAAAAAAAAACCCAAACAGCAAAGCAUGUUUCCAUGAGAAUAAUACCUGUUUUUCUUCCACUUCAACUUUCUGCAGUCAGUUCAUUGACCAACACAAAUGGCUCUGCCAGGGCACUACCAGAGCCUGCACAUAAACAGUUCCACACUGCUGGAAGUCACCUUGCUCCAGUGUUCACCUCAGUUAAAUUCCAGCUUAGCCUCUCUUCUGCCACCCAGGCACUGCCCAAAGCCAGUCAGUCACGAGGCUUUAGAGAAAUUAGGGAUGGCCAGGGGGUGAUGCUUCUUCUCAAGGCCCUAUCCAAAAUGCUGUGGAAUACAAAGCUGGGCUUUGAUGAUCUUAAGGGCAGGCUUUGAACAAGUUUUCAUCAUUAAUUGUGGGCUUUCAGCAGUAAGUUCAGGUGAAUGUUUCAGCAGUAAGUUUCUCGUCAUGCCAUGCUGUUGUCACUGAGGAAGUGGAGCCUAUAGCAAGAGGUAAAAUUGGAUUCUUUGGGCAUAGGCUGGAAUUCUCAAGGGAAAAAAAAAAGUUAAUGUGGUUUGGAGAAUUUUUUCCUUUUUUUCAUGAAGUGAUUUGAUUUUUAUAGAGCUGCCAGAGUGCCUCACUGCAUUCAUACUUGCCGUGUUCAACAUUUUCAAGGGCUUUUUUCCUAUGGGUGCCCUUAUAUUAACUUGUAUAGUAAAGCUAGUUAAUUCUUGUUUCAAACAACAUAGCAAAUGCAGAUACUUCUGGUUUAUUACACACACCAGCAAUGUCUCAAUGUAAGAGAUAAUGGGGUCCUCAGCUGGCCCCCCAUAAGGGGCUUUGGGGCUUAGAAGGUUUAACAUAAGCACAAGCUUUCAGUGAUAAAGUUUGAAAAGCUUUAAACACAUGUGAGUGGUGUAAGAGCUUCUCCCCACACCACACCAAACAUCCCAACACCAUCCCACUGCUCUCCAUUCUGUGAGUCACAGAACAAAGCUCACAGCAUCUUUUGCCCUGGAAGUUGACUCUGGAGAACCAGUGUAAGGACAGUAAAAUCCUCUCCACAAACACCAGCCUGGCAUAGACCAUGUUCAGACACCCGUGGCUAAGUGCAGGUGCAUAUUUUGUGUGUGUGCUUGUCUAUGUGAGUACUUGUGUCUCCAUAACUCCCACUCCCAGGGGGAAAAAAGUUACACUGGGUUUAGUAAUACAUCAUUUUAGAGUUACUUCAUGGCAUCAUUUGGCUUUGCUGGAGGUGCUUCAGACUUACGCCACUGUGACAGCAUAGUUUUUUCUUUAUUUAUAGUAGCUGGUUUACACAAUUUAUCAUGUGAACUGUGAAAUCUGCAAAUAGCUUAUCUUAUGAAACAUGGUGACAGGCAUAUAGGCAUUGUUAAAAUCCCAUCAGAUACAGGAAAUAUGCUGAAUUAAGUAAGUUGGAGACAGGGUAUAAUUCUGUAGAGCAAUAAAUUUAACUUCUAUUGCCAGGUCAUCUGCUUAGCAUCAGAUAAGAGAAAAUGAACAAGGUAUUACAGGCAAGACUAAGGGGAAAGCACAAAGUUUGGGUUUGCUUAGUUGACUUCACGUGCCCCUUUGUGCACUGUCAGUGUCAGCAUAUUGUGGGAAGUCACUUUGUCACCUGGCUGAAAUACCAGUAUCCUUUCAGAAACCAAGAUGUGUCACAAAACUUAUUUUUCAUCCUAGUCUGUGUUUAAUCAGAAGGAGUUCAUCUUUUUAGAGCACCACUGUGUCAGCCAGUUUACAACAUCAAAAUAUGAUACACAAAAUAUAAAUUCCUUUGAACUGAACUGUGCAAGGUCUACACUGUACAAUGACACACAGAAGGCCAACAUUUUGUUUUGUAAACUAUUACAUAUGUAUAAUUUACCAGCUGUAAUCUUAAAACACUUGACUCUGUGAUUUCAGUAAAAGUAAUAAAUACAAACUGUAUGAUAGGUCCAAAA